CAGGCGCUGAGUGUAUUCUGUAAACCGUCAGCCAUCUGCCGCAGUCAGUUAGCUCCAGCGGGAAUGGAAAAUGGAGGAUUGACCGAAGAAAGAGCGAGGGCAUAUCAUCGGUAUUUCUAGCGCGUAGAUCCUUAAACCUUAACCAAGACUGAUGAUUACUGCUGCAAAGACUUUGCUUAGUUUGAAGAAGCUCUCUGCCACCCAUCUCUGCUGAACUGCAGACAUUCAGUUUGAAAGUAGCGAUUGACUCCAUCAUCUAUGGAGGAGAAUGUGAGCCCUGAGCUCUCUCUAGCCUCUGAGCCAGAGAAGAGCCAGGACCGUAUGGAUAGCUGCUCUCAAGGUGUUGGAGCAGGGAAUAGCGAGCAGCACGAAUUGUUUCAAACUGAAAGCGAGAAUGUGGCCACAAAGACUAUAGAGGAGCCAGAUAAAUCUUCCAAGGGCAACAGUGAGGUAAAGAAGACUUGGGGUUUCCGUCGGUCCACCGUUGCAAAGAGAGAAAUGCCAGUCGAGGCAGCAACCAACAGCUCUGAAAACCGCUGUCCUGUACGCCGUAGUGGCAGGCAGUCUAAGCGUACAGACAAACUAGAGGAAUUCCUCUUGACUGCCAAAAGGGGGUCAAGAAAGAGUGCCCCUCCCAGCCUGGAGAGUGGAGAUCCUCCUUCCCAAACCCCAACUGAUGCAGAGACCGCCUCAGAGGCCAGCUUUGAUGGUAAUGCUGACACCAAGGCUGUGGAGGACAAGGUGGAUUCCCCAGAGAGGAGGACAAGAAGUGGUGCAAGGAAGCAGACUCAAAGGAAAACUCGAGGUGGCAGACAGACCAGAGGAGGCGGCGGAGCGACAGUCAAUGAUGAGGGCAGCUCUGAGAAUGAGGAGGACAGCAGAGAUGCUACCAAGAUAGACCAGUUACAGGAUAACAACGGGGAGAAUAAAGAUGAAAAGAGUGAUCCGAGUCCUGAAGAUGUAGGGAUUACCAACACAGCACAGUCUCAGCCAGAGCAGGACUCUGAGAAGAAGGAGGUUGGUGAGGAGAAAGACGAACACGGAAAUAAAAAUGACAAAGUGGAAACGGAGAAAGAGAGUGACGAAGACAGUUCAGACAAGCCACCUGGAGCACUGGUGGUAAAACGUGGACCAAUAAGAACAUAUGUCAAUAAAAAGAAGGCAGCCAAUAAGAACACUACCCCUGUUAAAGCUCCUGCCCCUGCCAACAAGAGCACCAUUCCUGUCAAGAGGGAAACUAAGCCUAAAUCUACCCAAGCUGCUGGAAAGACUCGCAAGCCCCAGAUGCAAGAGGACCACCACCACGACGAUGAUGAUGACGAUGACGACGACGAUGAUGAUGAUGAUGAUGAUGACGACGACGAGAAUGACUCUUCAACCUCUUCGUCAUCCAUUGAGUCAGAUGAAGGAGGAUAUGACCCCAAUGCACUUUAUUGCAUCUGUCGCCAAAAACACAACAAAAGGUUCAUGAUCUGCUGUGACCGUUGUGAGGAGUGGUUCCAUGGAGACUGUGUGGGCAUCACAGAGGCCCGCGGCCGACUGAUGGAGAGAAAUGGGGAGGACUACAUUUGCCCCAACUGCACCGCUAAGAAAAACCAGGUGGUCAGGCCCGCCACAUCUAUCCUCUCUACAAGUACAGAGGUCGGGAGGUCGAAAGCUGAUGCUACUCUUCAGACUUCUUCUUCCGCCACUGCUGUGACCUCUUCUGCAGCUGCCGAGAAAGCUAACCCAAGUGGAGCAGCUGCUCAGGCUGUGGGAGCACCUCUGUCCUUCACAGGUCUUGGACCUGAAGAGAAGGGAGCAGAGGAUCUGGGCAUCAAAGGCAGGAUAGAGAAAGCCACUAAUCCAACUGGGAAAAAGAAGAUAAAGAUCUUUCAGCCGGCAAUACAGCAGACAGCCGUACCAAAAGCACAGCAGAAGGCGACAUCAGUGGUGGAGAAGAGGGCAACACCCACAGCAGAGCAGAAAGCCCUACCAGACACAGAGCAGAAGGUGGCAUCAAAUGUUGAGGUGAAAACGACGCCAGCAGCGGGGGUGCCAGAGGAGAAGAGCGGGCAGAAGGCUGAGGAGGAGUCUUCUCUUCCUAAAUGUAUCGGGCCUGGCUGUGAGAAUAACGCCCAGCCAGACUCUGUGUACUGUGGAAACGACUGUAUCCUGAGACACGCUGCUGCGGCCAUGAAGUCCAUCACUGAUGUCAAAGAGCCUAAGCAGAAGGACAAGGCCAAGACUCAGAAAACCAAGUCUACACCUAAGAGGAGCGCUGCUGGUGGGAAAAAGACACAGAAGAAGACCCGAGAGGAAUCCGACAGCGAGGAGGACCACAGUCCUGAUCCAGACGAGGAUGAUGAAGACGAGCAUGCUGAGGAACACCCGCCCCCGCCGGCCACUGCAUCCUGGUCCAGCGACCAUAAUUACAUUGCAGUAACACCAGAAAAGACUACACCCAUAUCACCAACAGUGUUAAACAAAAAGUCUCCUCCCAAAGAAGAGAAGCUGAGUGAGAAGGAGCAGAAAGAGAAGGAACCAGCCCCGGCUUCUGAGAAACCCUCCCCGGCAUCGGUGACACCAGUCAAAGGAAACAAGAAAUCCCAGACCACUAAAGCAGCCAAGGUUUCCCCCAAGGGCAAGAAGCCAUCCCUUCAUUCUUCCAGCUCAAAGGCAUCCAAGAAACCCGCGACACCUCCGAGUAAAACUGCAGCAAAGUCCAAGAAACCAGGCCCACCACCCGCCUCAUCUCCCUUCCCUCCAGGUCCGAUCCACGUCACAGGAGCACUGCGAGUCACCAAGUCUAACUUCACCAUUCCUAAGAAGCAGCCACAACAAAAAGACACUCCAUCCCACAGUCACUCCUCUUCAUCCUCAAGAGUCCCAUCGUCUCCAUCAGCUCCCUCCAACCACUCAUCGUCCUCCAGAUCGUCACAUCCAGCCGCUUCAGCGCCUCCUGUGUCCCCCAUGCCACCUCCACCCAACAACCAGAUGAGACAGAACAUCCGCCGCUCGCUCACAGACAUCCUUUACAAGAGGGUGAGCGACAGUGACGAUCUGAAAAUGACUGAGAGUGAGGUGGGAAGGCUGGCAGUUGCCAUUGAGAAGGAAAUGUUUAACCUCUGCCUUAGCACUGACAGCAAGUACAAGAACAAAUACAGGUCCCUCAUGUUCAACCUGAAGGAUCCGAAAAACAAAGGCCUGUUCUACAGGGUGGUGGGGGGAGAGGUUAGUCCCUUCAGGUUGGUGAGACUAAGUGCUGAAGAAUUGCUUUCCAAAGAAAUAUCUGAGUGGAGGAAGCCUGACGCUCCUGAGGCUCAGUCUCCCAAUACAAGAGCCCAUUCAGGGCAGUCUAGACUGGGCAACAGACAUGACUCUAGCUCUCAUAGUGUGGAUAUGGAGGACGCUCCACCAACAUCUGAUGCAGAUGUAUGUAUUUCUGCCACCACUUCCUCUCGCAUGGCCUCUGCUGCAGACCAAGACGAGUCUGGCUCCACUCCUUCAGCUUCGGCUCAGUCCUCUGCUGUUGAAGGGAGCGGUGGCAGCAGCAUGCCAGACAUUUUCAGUAGCAUGCUCAAAGACACCACAUCAGAACACAGGACUCAUCUAUUUGACCUCAAGUGUAAAAUAUGCACAGGCCAGAAGACAGAAGAUGAGCCAGCAGCUAAAAAAGCCAAACUGACCAAGAAGCCUGAAACUAAACCACUCAGACAGGAGCUGCAUUCGUCCAGGUCAGGGGAUGUUUCUCCUGUGGUCCAACCACAGGUCCCUGCAGCCUAUCCGCACCAAGACUCUGUAGCCUACCAACACCCAGUCCCUCCAUCGUACCAGUCCAACACAGAUGCCCCCGAAUCACAGCAGCUUUACCAGGAGGACCUCAGCAUGCUCGUACCUCCUGCCCAAGCCCCUGCACCUGUUGCCGCGACUGUUUCCUCUGUCACCAUCACCCGUAGAGACCCACGCAUGGCCAGGCACAGCUCCGGCGUAACUGUCACCUACACUGCUCCAGAGAAGCCCAGCAAUAACACAGCCGAACCACUCCCUGCUCCUGUUACUGCUCCAGUGGAGGUUGGACCCAAGAUACCACUGCCGAUGCCCCCAGCUUCGCCAUCUUCAGUUGCCGUCUCCAAAUCAACUAAAACGAGCACAUCUGAGCCUCCCCCUGAGGGCGAGACUGCAAUCUUCCUCCAUGGUCAAGAGAAGAUUUGGAAAGGAUUUAUCAACAUGCAGUCGGUGGCCAAGUUUGUGACCAAGGCUUACCUGGUCUCGGGAUCCUUCGAACACCUGAAGGAGGAUUUGCCAGACACCAUUCACAUUGGAGGACGGAUAUCUCCAAACACAGUGUGGGACUAUGUUGGGAAGCUGAAAACUUCGCUCUCCAAGGAGCUGUGUCUGAUCCGUUUCCACCCAGCCACAGAGGAAGAGGAGGUGGCAUAUGUCUCUCUCUUCUCUUACUUUAGCAGCAGGAAACGAUUUGGUGUGGUGGCUAACAACAACCGCCGCAUCAAAGACCUCUAUCUCAUCCCAUUGGGCUCAAAGGACCCGUUACCCUCCAAACUAUUACCGUUUGAUGGGCCAGGGCUUGAACCAGCUCGUCCCAACCUCCUCUUGGGGUUGUUGAUAUGCCAGAAGGACAGAAAGCGUGCUGGUGGUCCACUGGAAACCGAGGAGAAACGGUCCAAGACUCAGACCAAAGAUGCUGAUGACACUGGCCUUCCAAAGCCAUCCUCCACAGUCAAAGCGGAAAGAAGCGCACGGCACAGUCUAGAAAUCCCCUUCAGCACAACUCCUCCAGGAUCACCUCCAUCCAGCUCCUCUGAAACUUCAAGCAGCACUGUGACAGCCUCCUCAGUCCGUUCAAUCCUGUCCUCUGUCAAAGCUCCAACCACAUCCACUACCACUGGCAAGGACUCACCCUCCUCAUCCAGUUCUGUUGCUUCCUCUGCAGCAACUGCCACUCCUCUUCAGACCAUCCUCGACACUCUUUUUGGGAAGAAGAAGCAUGACUCCGAAGUUAACUCUCCAUCUGAUCAGGGUGGGGAACUCUCCGUCCCACCACCUACAAUGCUAGACCCCAUUGUGCAGCAGUUUGCACAGAUUUCUAAAGAGAAAACGGUGGAGGAAGAUGAAGAUGACCGACCAUAUGACCCAGAAGAAGAGUAUGACCCCGGUAGGGGCUACAAUCUGCCCAAGAAGCCUGUUGAGAUAGUAAGUAAACCUGGAGUCCCCAAGCAGCCUGAGGUGGUUGCAAGUGAAGCUGAUGAUGUGGCAUAUGACCCAGAGGAUGACUCCAUUUUUGAAGAGGUCAAAACUUUAGUCCCAGGUCAAGCUAAGGCUGCAACUGAAUGUAUAACUGAUCCACAAAAGAUCCUGGAGAGCCUGAAACAGAUCGGAGAUCAGACAUUCCAGAAACAGGGAGAUCAGCCACUGUCAUCCACCGGGACACCUGGUGCCUCACUGGCACUGCCAGACACACUCUUAACUCAGCCUAAUAAAUCCCUUUUGGCCAGUAGUCAACUACUGCAGCUUGGCAAAAAGGUUGAGGAACUGGUAAAGUCUUCAUCGGUUUCUCCCUUAAUCAACCAGAGGAGAGAUCCUCGCCAGAGCAGGGAUCCUCGUCAGGCUUCGGCUGGCAGGAAACCGACUGAUGAACCGGAGGAGAAAGAGGAGACAUCUACUGUGUUGGCAGAUGCAACUCUUCCUUCAGAGCUACAGCCGCCUGAUGUUCCUGAACUCCCAGACUCCUCACAAGAUGCAGAGACAUCACUGCCUCAAGAAGAAGUGAAAGGUGAGACCCUACCCUUCAUGGAGUCAGACAAGUCAGAGGUGUCAAUUCCUUUAUUAGGAGAGGAGGUGGAACCUGAUAUGGAGGUCAACUACAUGGAUGAGAAAGAAGUGAAAACUGAGGAAGCUGAGCCAGUCAAGGCAGAAACAGAGAUGGACAAGUACAGUAUUUGGCCAAAUGCUGCCAGUAUUUUAAAGGUUGGUGAAGACUCAGAAUAUGAGGAGAAUAGCCAAGAUACACCAACUACAGGCUAUUAUAAAGAGCCUGAAAAAACCUCCACAGUAACUUCAACAAUCCCAGUACUCACUCAGAGCACAAUGGUUGAGACUCAGUCCCAUCACGUGUCGCAUCACAUGUCGGCGCCAGGCUUCGACAGUGAGUACAGACCUCCAGCUGACAUUCCCCCUCCAUCUAACUUCCCUCCACCCCAUCCAAUGCAGGGACAAAACCUGAUAAUGAGGCCUCCACCAAUGUCUGUGCCUCCACCCAUGCAAGGUCUUCCUCCAUUGUCUGGGCCCCCUCCUAUGCAGGGACCCCCUCCGCCCAUCCAUGUUCCUCCCAUUGUACGUGCUCCUCCCAUGCAGGCUGACAGCAGUCAGCAAUAUGGCCCUCCUCCAGCUGGAUACCCUCCCUAUCAGAACCAGUGGCCAGGCACCCAGCCACCACCACAGCAGCAGCCUCUUCCUGGACCACCUCCCCAGAAUAUCAUGCCUCCCAGAGGACCACCGCCACCAUUCCCUCCAAUGGCCCAGAGAGGCCCUCCUCCUCAAAUGUUUGAUCCCUCCAUUCCCCCUCAACACAUUGGACAGCAAGGCCCCCCUCCAGCCCUCCCCCUACCUCCAACUUUUGAAGGGCAGAACACCUUACCUCCACCAAGAUUCACGGGUCCACCACCACCCCCCUUUAAUUUCCCUGCAAACAGAGGUCCCCCUCCACCUUUCGCGGCCCCGCCUCCUGGUCACUUUGAUAACAGGCUUCCUCCUCCGUCCCACUUCCCAGGGCCUAGGGGCCCCCCUCCAUCCCAGUAUGGUGACCUUGGUUCCCAACCCCCAAUGGUAGACCAACCUCGAGGCCCUGCAGAACACUAUAACAAAGACACUGCUAACUCUUUCAAGCUAAAUGUGGAUCAGAAUCCAAACUCGCUCCAUAUUUUUAAAGACAAUCAGGGUCCCCUGCCUGGUUCAUCGUACCGGGGACCUCCACCCAACCAGUAUGAGGAUAGAAGAGGCCCACCUGUCAGUGGGGAAAUGAGUGGACAACACUUCAAUCAGCAUAACCAGUAUGGGAGCUCCAGACCACACUCCUCACCGCCACACCGAGGAUCUUUUGACGAGCUCAGAGGGCCUCCGCCUCAGGAGAAUAGACCUCAUCCUUCUCAGCCUUUUGGAGGAUCAGAGCGGUACCGCUUCGACAGGCACUCAGAUGAGGCUAGACCUAUUCGUCACAGUGGGCCGCUACUGCCAACUCCUCAAGAGGCUCCCAUAGGGCCUCCAAGUCGCAUAGGAGCCCACAGUCCAGACCUGCACAGGGAUGACCACUGGCGCCGCCACUCUCCUGAACUGAGGCGGCGGAGCAGCAGCACCCAAGAGGACUCAGAACCUCGCAGUGGAGAUCGCUUCAGUCGCUUUGAAGGAGGGCACAGGGAUCCUCCUGGUCCCUCGCAACCCUCUGAAGAGAGACAGAGAGAGCUGUCUGAGGAUCGCAGGAGGGAAAGAGAGCGGGAAAUCCCCCACGCUGGCAGGACAUUAUGGGACAGGGGACAGGGAAAGCGAUGGAGCCGAGAGCGAGAGUGGGACAGAAGCAGAGAAAGGGACCGGGAUCGAGACCGUAGCCGGGAAAGAGAACGCAGCAGAGGGAGGGAGGGUGAGAGGCACAGGGAGACGGAGGGGGAGCGACACAGGGAUCAAGAGCCAGACAAAAGGAGAGACCGGGAGAGAGACAGAGAGAGAGAACGGGACAGGCCCAGGGAAAGAGACUCUGACAGGAGGGACUACGACCGCGACAGAGUGAGAACCCGUGACCGAGAACGUGAACGUGAUCGAGAGCGGGACAGAAGACGGGACAGAUCCAGAAGCAGAGAGCGAGACCGUGAUCGAGACCGUGGGAAAGACCGGGGCAGGGACAGGGACAGAGAAAGAGACAGGGACAGGGAGCGAGAGAGGGACAGGGACAGAGACCGGGACAAGGACAGAGAUCGUCGGGACAGGAGCAGAAGCCGAGAAAAGAGAGAGGAGAGAAAGGACAGUAAACACGAUACACCCAAGGAGAGUGAUAAAACUGCAGAAAAUGACAAAAACAUGUCCUAGUCUCUGUUCAUGGACACUACAUUACAGUUAAGAGACUCUUACAUCUUUCACCAGUUGAACUCAUCACUGUAAAUGCAGUAUUUCGUUAAAUUUCCACAUUUGUGUUCCUACUAUGAAGAAAGGUUUGACAGUGUUUGUAUUCUUUGUCACAUAAAGGUUUCUAAGUUUGUUUAAUCACAUUUGAAAAACAGAAAACUGAAGGCCAUCUGAGUUGCUUGUUACCAGAUGUAUUAAGUAGGUCACUUAGUCCUAUUACAUGUACGUUCCUCCAUUCAAAGCUUUUUUUAAAGAAAAGAAUAAUGCAACUGAUUAACACACCAUUUGCAAUAUGUAAAUAUGAAUAUAUUUGUGUAUAUACUGAUGUUUUUAAUCAUACUUUUCUAAGUAGAGAAAAUAAAAGCCAUAUAUCUGAAAUGGAUAAUGUGAAAGUAAAGGCAACACUGUUUAUACACAAAUGUGUGUUUAUAUGUCGAGCAGCUUUGACCUAAAAGGCUUCAACUAUCUACAGUAUCCACCCCAUCAAUGGUCGUUAAUGAAAUGUCCUGAGUUUGUUUCAGAUCAACCAAUUAAACCAGUUUGACAACA